GGAAGAGGGAAUGUCAGGGUUUUCGGUGAGGGCACGCGGUGGUUGUGGCGGCGGAGGAGGGACAAAGUGUGGGCGGUGGAAUCCCACGAAUGAGCAAGUAAAAGUACUAACUGACUUGUUCAGGUCAGGACUCCGUACCCCAAGUACUGAUCAGAUACAAAAAAUAUCUUCCCAACUUAGCUUUUAUGGAAAGAUUGAGAGUAAAAAUGUCUUUUAUUGGUUCCAAAACCAUAAAGCUCGGGAAAGACAGAAACGUCGCAGAGUUUUGGUUGAUGAACCAAAAGAUGAUGGAAUCCACUUCUCCUGCCAAGACAAUAAUAUCACUUCAACCAAACAUUUUUCAGAGAUAUACAAUUAUAAUCAAGGGUCCGAACAACCAGAAAGAGUAAAAGAGACUCUGCAACUCUUUCCACUGAAUUCGUUAAGUGAAUCGGAGUCAGAGAAGCUAAGGUUUUUCGCAGAAGAAUGCAAAGAGAACGCGGCGUUUUCAUACAAUAUUGGGGCAGAAAUGGAUCAUCCAACUUUGGAUCUGCGUUUAAGCUUCCUGUGAUUAAAAAAAACUUAUGGCGUACUUUUUAUUCCGAGCAGUAGAAACAUAUUUCUAGUAUUUUUAUGCAUGGUUUUUGAGCUUUUAGGUUUUAGCAUGAACAUAAAAUUAAGAUCAUUAGUACUAGUAAGAAUAGAAAAUAGUAAUGGCAGGUGGGGCUGAAAGUUUGAUGUGAUGAAUUUGUAAAAUGCACGUCGCUCAA